AUGUCGGGCUUCCAAGCAGGCGAUACUAUGCCAAAACUUGGACAUGUGACCGAUCUCCGCGAACAGUGGCUAGUUCGCGCCGAUGGAGCGCUGGCACAUCGUCUACAAGACAGAGAAAUCUCAUCACACCUAUGUGAAAAUAGGUACCGAAAUCAACAGAUACGUGAAGAUUUUCCAGUGGCUCUAAGCGAACAACGAGAUAUUGAGCAUGAAGUUUGGUUGCGUGAGAUGGCACGCCGUCGACAAGCAGAGAUCGAUGCUGAAAUAGCCAGGGAAAUGGCCGAGAUCAAUCUACGCAGACAACGCCGCCAACAUUCUUCCGAGCUGCUCCAACAGCCGAGUUCUUCUCGCGCUCAACCACCGACGCUAUUACCACCACCAGUAAACAGUGAUAUUGACCCAGAUGAGUUAGGUUUGUCUGCUAGUGAGUUAGAAGAGAUGAGAAGGCGAAUAGAACAAGAGGAAAAAGAUGCUAAAUUAGCCAGGGAACUCAGUCAUGAAGCUCAGGGCCAUGAUGCAUUACUUGCCGAUAUGAGGUGUGCAGUAGAGGCUCAAGAUGGAGAGUUGGCGAGACUGCUGCAAGAGAGAGAAUACAAGAAACUCCAAAGAGCAAAAGAGAAAGCUAGACAAAAGGCUUUGUUGAAAAAGCAACAACGAUUAGCAACACAACAACAAGGUGUACCCCCACAACCCUAUGAAAGUGAACCACCUCCGCCACAGACCACAUUGUGUGAUGCAUACAGUAACCCAAGAGAUAUGAUUAGAGAUUUUUCUAAAAUGCGAAUGUGCAAGUCUGUUGAUUCCGACUUGAAUUAUGUUGAACCCUUUGAAAAAGAACACAUUCAGUCCAAAGCAAGUGCCUUACAGUCUAAGGAACUUUCAAACCAAUAUUAUGCUCAACAACCAAGUACGUCUUCAUCAAAUUUGAACGUUUCACACAUGCACUCUAGAUCAUUUGAGUCAGAAGCGAGAGUUUCAAAUAAUAACUCUUUGCAGCAUAGACAACCUCCACCACCACCAACUUCUGGGAAAAAACCUCGUUUUCCUGAUCCCAUUAGCAUUAGACCUGCUUCUCACUACCCUACAGAUAACACACUCCCAGUUGAAGACAGCCCUCCGAACAUGCCUACUGUGUCUCAUAGCUACAGUGAAAACAAUAACCUCUAUAGUACAGCAUUCCCUGUAGACCAGGGAAAUGUGACUCCGAUGAAUACAAGCCAUAAUGGUUCUCAACCUUCGAAAAGGUUUUCUGUUAUAUCGGAUAUAACAUCUGAAGGAGCUUCGAAGAAGAAAUCUAGACAAGCUGAGAUGCACAGAAAGAGAAAGGGGUUACGGGGUCCUCAAUGGGCAGCCACUGCUGGGGCUCGUAAGGCUUGCGGGAGCCAGGCGCCGUCGUCUGUAAAUAGUAUUUUUUGUCUGCGUAUAAAAAAAAAGGCUAUCAUUUCUAUGACGUCACCAAAAUAUGUCGAGAUAUAAUAGUACGGUACACUACGACCGCAGACUGAGGGUACAACAACGAACGGGUCGCACGCAACCGUUAAGCAGUCCGCGCGGCUUACGAGCGCUCAUGGCAUACAAUCCGCUAAAAUCUGCGAAUACCCUCUACGCUGUUGAGUGCGGAACCGCAAGAUCCCCGUUGAGGCACUUCACCGCGUGUAUGAAUGGGCCAAAAGGGGCCUAG